AUGCAUCUGCUGGCAAAGAACUUGAAUCUUCCCACCGCGUUCGUCGAGUUCAGACAUGCGGCGACGCAUGAGGGAUUGCCGAGUAUAGAGGUGCUCAGGGUCUUUGCGAACAGGGGACUAAAAUGGUUGGCGGAUAAUUAUUGGGCGGGCGUGGGCGAGGUGGGUGAGACGCCGGUGAAGGGGCUUGAGCAGGCGAAGAGCGCCGUGCUGGCGUGGAGGAGGGCGAGGAGGGAGAAUCCGCUCAGGAGGAUUACGGCUGGUGAUUCUUCGGUGGAGGGGAAGGUUGUUGCCGGGGUGGUUAAAGAGUGUGUCGGGAUAUGUAAGGAUGAGGAGGGGAUUGAGGCGCUGAUCGAGGCGCUGCUGGCGGAGAAGGCGCUGGUUCCCGGUGGCAGAGGGAAGGAGAAGAUGAUGAAGGGGGCGAAGAUGUUGUGGACGCCACUUCUGGGAGAGCUGGAGAAGCUGGUUCCGGGGUUUGUGAGGCAGCUGGUUGAUGCCAUAGUUGAGAUCCUGAAGGCGAGCGAGGAGCUCAGCUCCACGUUGCUGAGGGUGGCGGGGGUGGCGCAGGAUGUCGAGCAGCAGACCCCUGAUGAGGAGUUUGUUCAGGCGAUCAGUACUUGGGCAAGGUAUUUGACGGAUAAGAAGCAGACGGCUGCGGGGGCUGUGGGCGCGGGGAUUGAUAUUGAGAUGUUGGUGCGCGGGAUUCUGUUGCAGCCAAACAAAACGACUAUGCUACUCCUCACCCACCUCCUAACAGAAUAUCCUCAGUUGAAGCCCAAGUACCAAGCUCUCGCCGAGCUGGCGGCACUCAAUGUGGGAUCACAAUCCACAGUUUUGAAACCCAAAGAAAAGAGAUCACUAGAGGACCUAGAAGCCGAGAUCGAUUCAUUCGAAGAGCGGUUUCGGAGGGUGCAACACCAGCGGUUAAAGCCGAAAGCUGUGGAGGUUGUGAACACGGUGGCAGAAGCAAGGAAUGCCGGGAAGUGGAAGCGGUGGGAGGGGAAUUGGAUCCCGAAGCCUUUGGGAAUUAUAUGA